CUGGAAAGCGGUUGGGAGGACGAGGUUAAAAGAGAGUCACGGCGGCUCCAACUUCGGGCACAGCAGUCCGGUGCGCUGCCUCGCUCCCGCCACGAUGAAGCCUCUCUUUGUGCUGGGACUCCUCGUCCUUCCCUUCCUUGCCCAUGGCAAGGUUUUCGAAAGGUGCGAACUCGCGAGGCUUCUGAAGAGAAUGGGAAUGGAUGGCUACAGGGGAGUGUCUCUGCCAAACUGGGUCUGUUUGGCCAACUGGGAGAGCAGCUUCAACACGAAUGCAAAAAACUACAACCCCGGCGACGGAAGCACCGAUUAUGGGAUUUUCCAGAUCAACAGCCGCUACUGGUGCAACGAUGGCAAGACCCCGAGAGCCGUGAACGCCUGCGGCAUCUCUUGUAACGAAUUGUUGAAAGAUGAUAUUACUCAAGCAGUCCGAUGUGCCAAGAGAGUGGUGGAGGAUCCCCAAGGCAUCAGGGCAUGGGUUGCAUGGAGAAACAGAUGCCAAGGACAGGAUGUGUCCAUCUGGACCCGUGGCUGUGGAGUGUAAUGGGCCGGAUUUGAAAUUCCUCCGCUUGGUUUGCCGCUUUCUUCACAUUACGCAGCUUCUCAAGUGCGAUAUUACAGUACUGGGUUUCCCAUUUAGAACGAGCAAGUUGCUCGGGGAAACAAGCGCAAAAUAAGCACGCACGUGGAAAGGCUUAUAGAAUAGCAAUGUUUUACUCUUGCCGUAUUUUCUGAGUGGCAGGUGGCAGUCAGUGAGGGACCCAGAGAGGCCGAGGGGUCCGGGAAUGCUGCUGGGGGUUGUGGGAGGAUUUCCAACUUCCCAGGGGUGGAGUUUUCCAUUUCCCUACCGCCACCUUCCCUUCUUGCGGAAUCCUUUGCACCCCAACCUCCCACCAAGCUUGGAUCCUCCUGUCACCUUCACUGCUACCAAGCAACACCACUUGGGCCUAUCCCACGGAACUCGUCUUGUCACCGACCACCAUCCCCUUGAGGGUCUGGCCUAAGACAAGGACCACCGUAAUCUUAAGAGUCCGGUCCACUCGCUGAUCAUUAAGUUCAUUUAGGUGAAAGGAGCAGUUGGCUCGGCCUUGUGUCUUAGAAACAACUAAAUGUAAAUGUGGAGUACCGGAGAGUCAGCCAUUAUUAUUGCUCAAAUCAUUUUCCUUACUUAAGAGUCGCUUAUGUUAGUUAAGGAUAAAUUUUUAUCGCUAAGGAAAACGGAUCUAGGCACCUUGCUAUUAAAAGAAAAAAAUUAUGGUGAGGUCUAGGUGAGUUACUGGGUUUCCCAUGUCAAGAUCGAAAUGAGAGAAUCCACCAGAGACUGCCAGAAAGACCUAAGCGUUCAGAAAUUUUCAUGAUUACUCAUUGUGAUCAAAUUGCGCACGAUCAAUAAAAUUGAGCAUGACACAG